AUGGUCUCAUCACUCUCCCAACUCUCUUUCUUCUUCUUCUUCCUCUUCACAACUCUCUGCAACUCCCAGCCCUACCUCCAACUCCCCCUCCUCCACAUUCACCCCUCCCCUACCCCCACCCAAGCCCUCUCUUCCGACUCCCUCCGCCUCUCUCUCCUCCACUCCCGCCGCCGCCGCCGCUCUGCCGCCUCCCCCGUCGUCUCCGGCGCAUCCACCGGCUCCGGCCAGUACUUCGUCCACCUCCGCCUUGGCUCCCCUCCCCAGCCCCUCCUCCUCGUCGCCGACACCGGCAGCGACCUCGUCUGGCUCCGCUGCUCCGCCUGCAAAUCCUGCUCCCGCCGCCUCCCCGGCUCCGCUUUUCUCGCCCGCCACUCCUCCACAUUCUCCCCCUUCCACUGCUACGACUCCGCCUGCUCCCUCGUCCCCGGACCCGACCCGAACCCGUGCAACCAUACCGGACUCCACAGCCCCUGCCGCUACUCCUACUCCUACUCCGACGGCUCCACCACCGCCGGAUUCUUCUCCCGAGAAGCCACCACUCUCAACACCAGCUCCGGCGCCCCGGCGAAGCUCUCGGAUUUAGCAUUCGGGUGCGGGUUUGAUGUCUCGGGUCCGAGCUUAACCGGGCCGAACUUCGGCGGGGCCCAGGGAGUCAUGGGCCUGGGUAGAGGCCCAAUCUCGUUCGCGUCGCAGCUCGGUCGCCGGUUCGGAAACACAUUCUCGUAUUGCCUGCUGGACUACACGCUCUCGCCGCCGCCGACGAGCUACCUGAGAAUCGGAGUCCCCAAAUCCGACGUCGUUUCGAAGCUGAGCUACACGCGCUUGCUGCUCAACCCUCUCUCCCCUACUUUCUACUACAUCGGGAUCAAGUCCGUCUCCGUUAACGGCGUUAAACUCCCGGUUCGCAGCUCCGUUUGGGCCCUCGACAAGAACGGUGACGGCGGCACCGUGAUCGACUCUGGGACGACGUUGACGUUCUUGCCUGAGCAGGCGUACCGUUUGAUUCUAACGGCGUUUAAACGGAGUUUGAAGCAGGUGGCUAGCCCAGCCGAGCCGACUCCGGGCUUCGAUCUCUGUGUCAACGUGUCGGGUUUAGGGAGGGCGAGAUUGCCGAGGCUUAGUUUCGCGCUUGUUGGGGGCUCGGUUUUCGCGCCGCCGCCGAGGAACUAUUUCAUUGAGACGAUGGAUCGGGUCGAGUGCUUGGCGAUCCAGCCCGUUGAUUCCGGGUCAGGCUUUUCGGUGAUAGGGAAUCUUAUGCAACAGGGAUUUUUGUUUGAGUUUGACAAGGACCGCUCGCGGCUCGGUUUUUCACGUCAUGGGUGCGCGCUUCAGUGAAUUAAUUUUGUUUUUAUUUAUUUAUUCAAAUUUAAUAAUAAUUUAAUUCAUUUC